UGCUAAUUUAUUGGUAGAUGUUUUUGGUGUUGUGCUAAUGAAUGAAAGCUAUAACUUUGGAUAUUUCAGUCAUAUCAGUAUCAAGAUAUAGCAAGUUUAUUUGAAUAGAACAGAGGCAAUUUACAGUGCUUCACAUAAGGCCAAGAAAAGCAUUAGAACAAGAUUUAAAGCACACUGAAAAGGAAAUUAAAAUCAGUCAAAAUAGAAUGGAGUAACGUUAAUUUAAAAUACAAUAACAUAACCUACAAGUUGACUAAAAAAGAAUAGAUAAGAAAUACAGUGGUAAUUUUUUCCCAAAAUAGAAUAAAGGAAAUGCAUGUAAAGUGGUGUACCAUUAGCUUGCUUGCUUGUUAAUGUCUCAAGAAGUAUUAAGUUACUGCAAAAGUAGUUUGAAUCUUGAUGUACUGGAUUGCUGGUAGUUUAAUGCACACAGGACUGAUCCCUGUCUCUUCAGUAUUCUCAUUGUUUACUUGUCUGUGGUCUAGCAUAUCUAUGUUUUUAGGUACUCUGUGCUCGUACAAGUCCCAUGCAAACUGUCCCUUGAGAUGUGAUAAGGUCAUUCAUGCUAACAAAAUGCAAACUGGCUAUCAAUCAACAUUUGAAGAGACACAAAAACCAUAACAUUAUAUUAUGAGCAAUUUUAAAUGUUUGAGACAAAUAAUCAACAUUUUGUCAAAGUAAGACUCAAAUUGGAUAAUCACCCAUGGGUUGAGCCAGUCAUGAGGCUCUUGCACAAACUUUAAUUGGAUGUUGCAUGUUUUCUUGUCGGGUGGAUAUUCAGCAGCCUAGAAGAUGUGGUUCAAUAGUAAAAGACUUUGUUCAGACAAAGCAAUGCUAUGCUUGCAGAAAGAUAAAUCCUCUAAUUGUCUUAUGUACUCAGACAGCCACUUUGUUCAGGCAUGUGUAUAAUGUAAGCUCCAGCAGAACGGUGAUGAGGAUAAGAGAGUUGCCAAGUCAUGGAUAGAUCGCCACAAUGACACAUGAGACCCUCAGAAGCUCCCAGCUGUCUGUCAAGGCGGCUGCCCUGCGCAUGGUCGACCUAUCGCUGUCCAUGUACUGCUCUCUGGCACAGGUGAGUGUCAGCACAGGCACCAAGAAGCUGGUGGCAGCCACUGCCUUUGGUGCCAUCUCGCUCCUCUACCUUGCUCGCCGCUUCCAGAGGAGGAAGGGCAGAAAGAAGGCUCACUCACCUCAGUGGGAGCAGGCUGGCUUUGAGUUUGUGUCCUCGGCCCCAGCAGAGAAUGAUAAAACCAGUCAAAACAACGCUCUCUCCCUCAACUCCAAGAAUGGCAACUCCUCUGGUCUGCUUCUCAAUGCAGGAGACUACAGAAAACUGUCCGGGUCUCUGCUAAGCCUGGCCUCUGUACAAAGCAUGAACUCGUCAAACAGUAACACCUGCGCAAAUGAAUCCAUCUGUUGGGACAGAGCGGGGGAGGCUGAUAACUGCAGUGUGGUCAACAUACCUGUCACCACACCUGAAAACCUGUACCUCAUGGGUAUGGAUUUAUUCGAGGAGGCUCUACGGCGGUGGGAGGAAGCGUUAACAUUCAGGAGCAGGCAGGGCGAGGAUGAGGCCAGCUGUGCAUCCGUCAAAACGGGAGCUGGAGACGCCAUUGCUGAGCAGAGCAUGGAGGAUGUCAUCAGCACAGAGUUCAUCCACAGGCUGAAGUCUCUGUUGCAGAGGGCUUACAGCCUCCAGGAGGAGUUUGAGGGAGUGUUGUGCAUGUCAGAGCCCUCGUCCCACAGCAACAGCCAAGAUAAAAUGGCAGACAUUUUGGCCAGAGAGGAGCUGGACGACGCAUAUCUGAGAGACAGUAUGAGCAUCGCCUCCACCGACUCAUUUGUGUCUGCUGCUGAGCUGUCAGAGCACCGAGAGCUGAGGAGCGUCGUCGCUCUGGGUCAUCACCUUUUCUACGAGGAGGCGCUGCAGAUGGCCGAAGAUGGAAAGAUCUCCUGCAGGGUGCUGCGGACUGAGAUGCUCGACUGUUUUGGGGACAUCGAUUUCCUGGCCAAGUUGCACUGUGUGCGUCAGGCAUGUCAGCUCAUUUUGUGCGAUAGAACGACCCGGAUGUUUCUGGCCGACACAGGAAAGAAAAUACUGUCUUCCAUUAUCAUCAAAGGACAGAAGAGCCCAAAGAGAUUCGAGGAACUAUUUGAGGAGAUGAUUUCCUUCCUGGAGCACACGGAGCACUGGGAAAACACAGAGUUGGAGUUGGCCACACGAGGGGUGAAGCACUUGAACUUCUAUGAUAUAGUGCUGGACUUCAUCCUGAUGGACUCAUUCGAGGAUCUGGAAAAUCCACCGAUCUCCAUCCAGAACGUGAUCAACAACCGCUGGCUCAACAGCUCCUUCAAGGAGACGGCGGUGGCAUCAAGCUGUUGGUCAGUGAUGAAGCAGAAGAGACAGCACAUAAAGGUGUCGGACGGCUUCAUCGCUCAUUUCUACGCUGUGUGUGAACAGAUCAGCCCCGUCCUGGCCUGGGGCUUCCUGGGGCCCAAGAGCUCCCUGCACGACUUCUGCUGCUUCUUCAAGGAUCAGGUGCUGUACUUCCUAAAGGACAUUUUUGACCUGGACAAAGUGCGUUACUCUUCUGUGGAGAGUCUAGCAGAGGACAUGCUCCAUCUGCUGCACCGGCGCUCUGAACUGUUGGUUGCCUACCUGGGAGCUGACUCCCUGCGGCAUGUCAACAGCUGCAAUUCCCCGCAGGUGCAGCUGGUGUCCAGCGCCCUGCUGGAGGCACAAGUGCAGUGAGAGCCGGGGAACUUCUAUCUAUCCGUCCUGGGUCAUCAAUACACUACACACAUGGAACUCUGCAUUUUCACUAGGGUGAGUUCACAGCAACUGUUGGACAUGGCUUUUUCCACCCAUCAUGAACUUAACGUAAAAUACUUUCACAGAGGUCUGGCAUGCACAUCUCCCAUCAUGCUUUGUGCUCUCAUUGCUCUGUAUCCCAGGAUGAACUGUACCAGCUGUCUUGCCUUCACACUUAAAUCGUUAUCUCCAGUGUGGCCUCUCCUCCCCCGCUGUUCACUGUGCCAUAGCAGUGCACGUUCGAUUUAAAAUAUCAUAGCAAUAAUAUUUGUAAUUUAAACUUGGCUGUGAGACAUUUUGCGUCAUCUUGCAGUAGAUAUCCCGCUGUGUAAAAUUAAGGCAUUUGCUGUUGAGAGCAAUUAGUCUAAAGAAAAAGGGUAUUUUACAGUAUUUAUUUUACUAUACAGUUAAAUGAUGUAAGAUUUAUAUUUUAGAAGUUAUAGUUGUGCCUGUAUGCAUCAAUGCAUUUGUGAUCAGCUUCAAACAUACAGUAGUAUGAAUACCAAUGUUUAAUAAUAAACUUUAUCAGAUUUAUUAGAUGUAUUUCCAUAUCAGCGAUGCAAAACUAUUAAAUGUACUUUUGUUACAAGCACGUGUUGCGCAGGGAAAUCGCUGAACAAGGGUCUCCUUAUUAAGAUACUAGGCACCAGAACUCAAACCUUCAGGCAAUAUUUAAAUGAAGCCUAGCUCAUGAAGCCUACAAGGCCCUUAAACCAAUCAUACAGUCAACAAUAAAAUAUACAUCACUAGUACAUAGUCCUGCAGCUCAAGACGGGCAAACACGCAAGAAGCCUUACUAUUAAUGCACAUAUUUAAGCCUCGUCUUUAACACUGAAUGUCAGUCUUAAAAUUACAAUAUAUUUGUUUGCACUGCUAUCAGUCACUGCCAUGUACAGACCAUGCACAAUGUGAAAGCUUUGAGCAGCAGUGUUAUUGCAGGAAUAUAUACCUGUGUUAAUGUUCUAAAAAUGCAUGAUACAUGAAAUAAGUUGUUGGUUGCAGUCCUAAUUUCCAUGCCUAACUGUAGUGGGGACAGAAGCACAUUAAAAAUGUUUUAUUUAAUUUGCAUCAACUCAGACUGCUGAAGCCUCAUUCACUUUUAGAUAUUCUUUGAACAGGAGUCGUCCGUCCGUCCCCCCCAUUUCUUUAAUUGUAAUUUCAUUAUAAAAAGGGAUCCUUUAAGAGCCAGUAGGAACGAUGUAAAGUUUCAAUGUACAUUGACCAUUUGAGUUGUUCUAAGACAGACUGUAAAAUGAUGGAACUAAGGUGGAUUUAACAGGGAAAAACUUUUUACAUUUGUGGGUUCACCUCAUUUGUGCAGAAAUUAAGUAAAUAAAGACUGAUGAGAAUGUG